UGGGAGUGGAGUUUAUAAACAAAAACUUAGUUUGUUGAACUGUUGCGUAAACGGCAAGAAACAAGGCAGAUUUUAUUUUAAAGUACCGUUUGAAUUAACUAAAAAGGCUAAAAUGUUUCGGGAAGAACUGGAUCAAGAUAGUGGUUACAGCAUUGUACUUUUCCUCGUGGAGAAUGUGCGAAAUACGCCGGAACUCAGAAAGCUGGUGAUUAGUGGUGGUUUGGAGUGUUGUAUCGUAAAACCAAGUUUAAUUGUAAAUCCGUUUCAAGUGGUGGUUGCCGCAAACAAAGCAGUGAUAUCAAUGGGGCGCGGAAAAAUGAGUACGAGGAACAUAUAUACCGAAAUUUUGUAUAACUUAUCGCCAACUAAGCAGAUUUCCCAGUCGCUAAUAAAAUUUGGGAUAGAUGAUAAAGAAGAUCGUAUUCUUGUUUGUGUUUUGGAGAAAUGCGGUGAAAAGAAAGCGGAGGAAGUGUUGGAAAAAAUUCAAGGCGAUGAAUGCCCUAUAGACCAACUAAGCAAAUUUACGGAUGUAAUGCUUGUCAAGAAAACGUACAAAAUCAACGACAGUGAAUGCUAUUCAUCUAAUAUUUUAGACUCCGUUGUCAGUCGGAUUUCUACUAAGGAAAUAGUUGUAUGAUAGUUUUACUACAAAUCAUGCUGUAGAUCUACUUAUUCUAAUACGUCAGGGAGAUUGUUUUAUAAUAUCAAAAACUUGUCAACAAUCUCAUGUUGAUUCAAUGGAUGUACAGUUUGCUGAGGAAAGAUGAAUCCAAAAAUAUAAAAAGUGAUUAAUGGACUUCUUAUGAAUUUCAACGUUUUAUGUUGAAAGCACUUUUAUGCAUGCAUGUCAGUGUUGGACUGGUUUUUUUUUGUGUGUGUGUGUGUGUGUGUGUGUAUGUGUGUGUGUGUAUAUGUAUGUAGGGGGGGGGGGGGGGGUGAUGCAAAAUUUAUGAUGAAGGCUGAAAGUGUAGAAAAGAUUCUUCCCUAAGACAAUAUUUAAGCAGCCUGUGAUGUCACUAAUAGGCACAGAGUUGGUCAUUUGACACACAACCACUACUGGAGUUUAAAUGAUACAAUUUACAAUAUUACCAUUCAAUAAGGGCUAAUAAUGAAAAUAAUAAGAGUAUGAACUUUUUGUACAAUUUGUUUGCUGUGGCUUUACUUUGAGCAAUUUGACACUAUAGUUACACAUUGUGAUCUGGAGUUGAUUAACGGUAAGCAGGAGAAAUUGUUCACUUACAUAAACAGUUUAGCCUGAAAUUAUAAUCAGAUGAUAAAAAUCUAAGGUUUUGCCUUCAUAUUACUAUUACUGGUUUACAUAAAUGGACAGAAUUACAGCAGUUUGUCCGUAUAAGUUGCAGUGCCAUGCAAACAAUCUGGCUUUUCACAAAAUGAUAUUUUGUCAUAAGUGAAAGUAUUCGAUUAAUGAAAGGUCUUUGUUAUCUGCAAAUAUAUCUCACAGAAAAAUGCUUGCGAUGUGUUUUUCAGUGGAACAGCUCACUGCCUUUGUAAUGUAAAAAUUUCUUUGUCACCAAUUGAUAGUCUGUUUUUAUGUGCAAGAACUACUAAAGCUUUUGUAGAUAUUGCCAGAGUCUGGUAGAUGUUUCAAUGCAACUUAAAGAAGAAAAUAUAAAAUGUGAUAUAUACACAGUAAGAGAUGUUUCCAAUAAGAUUUGUCUCUUGCUAGAAUGACACAGAAAUAACAGAAGAGUAUACAUCGAAAGUAUAAAAUAAUUUACAGGUAUAACAAAACAGGUGCAAACAGUAUGGCUUACAUUCAGUUUCGCCAACAUGGCCCGAUUGCGCUAUAAAAUGGAAAUAAUAGAAUAAAGAGCUGUAAUUGUCAUCAAGUAAAAUACAAAAAUAACAGGCAUUUUGGCCAUGUUGCAAUGGCUGUCCUUAGGGACAAACAUCAAUUAUUUUACAUGGUGACGCAUCAGCACACCUGAAGGUUGACGAGGAAUGGAAGUAGACAUUAAUAAAAAAAUAAAAAUUUUUUUGUAUGAAGUGCAAAACCUUAUAAUUUUGUCAUUUGUGUAUUUACAUUACAUAUUACAUUUGACACAUUGUAAAUGUAACUGUCACUGAGAUAAUAUCUGAAUAAAAUAUAUUUUGAAAAAAGAAGAAAAUGAUCCAUGAGCUAAGGCAGAUAAGAUACAUUGUUAUAUCCAAAGAGAAAUGUUUUAAAUUAGUCUAAGAAAAAUAAGUACUUUGUAUUAGUAACAUGGGUUUUUAUCACAGAUUCCUGAUGUUUCAUCAGCCAUUUAAUGUAUUUUCUUAACAACUUCAAACUUGUAUCCACAUUUCUACAUUACACAAACAAAAAAUAUCUUAAAUUGCUUAUCAUACUUGCAGGCAAAAGAUUUUGUUUGUUUACUGCAAAUGAAAAUUGUGUCCUUAUCUGAAGUAGUACUAAGUAUCACAGUUCUAACUGUAAUUAUCACAGGAUCAUGAUUGAAGGUAAACACUUGUUUGCACAUAAUAAACUUGUUUUAAAAUUUCAAAAACAGUGAUGACAGAAAAAUUAUCUUAACAAGUUACAAAUAUAUUGAUUAUGGAAUCUGAGGUGACACACACCAGUACUUUGUACCUGCAUAAGGCAAAUAAAUGACCUAGAAUUAAAAUCUAGGAACUAUGACUCUGGCCCUGUGGACUCUUGAUAGUUUCACUGUAAAGUGAAAGAAACCUAAAAUAAUUUGUAAACAGUUACGAACUUAGUUUUCAGAAAGCAAGUAGUAAUCGCAUAGCACAGCAAAUACCGAGAUAGUGUGUUGAUUCCAUCUUCUGUAUUAUAUGCAACAUAAAUAAAAAAAAUUUAAAAAAAUGUUGUGAUGGAAACUAUUUUUCUGUAAUUGGAACAAGGAUGUCUAAAGAUAGAUAUUUUUGAAAAUAGAGAAGGUGAAAUGAAGGGAUUCUGUUUCUAAAGUAUGGUUUUCUUUUACAAAGAAAAAAAUGCAGCUUUUAUGGGGCAAACUUUUGUGGGUACAUGAAUGAGAAUAAAUUUACUUCAAAAAUGAUUUGUUCAUUACUUGCGCAAUGCAGGAAAUUCACAUAUUAAGUUUGGAAGCAGCAUUGUUAUUAGAAGUGACAGAAUUCAGAUAAAUGAAUUUAAAUUUCACAAGUGAGAAUGGUUUGUUUAAGAUGGCCAUGGCAAAUAAUUCUGCAGAGUACUUACACAUCAGUAACAGUACACAAGGAAGACUAAGUAGUAAUGAGCAAUAUAUUUUUCUAGUUCCUUCUGAACUUUUCACCAUUAUUACACUUAAGUGGGGAGGGGGGGAUUGUCAACAGUGAAUAAAUUUCUGUGUCAAAAAACAUGAUGAUAAUAUGGCUUACUCACAAGUUCUUAAAAAAAAGAAAAAAUUAUAAAAAAAGAGGGGGAUUAUCUUAUGCAGGUACAACACCCAAUCUUCCAAUUCUACUUUUUACACAUAAUUAUGAUAUUUGAACUUUUUUCCAUGAAUGUAGAUUUUAUAUUUCUAUCUUGACUUAAAAUAAAAUAACAGAAUAAUCAAAAAUACACUAUGGAGACUGUGUACUUUCAUAUUACUACAGGUCAACUCCUGUUGUCGCAUCGCACACUGGACUGUGUUACAAAACUAGGAAUAAAAUUAUUUUAAAAAGCCAACAAUAACAAUUGAAACAUUCAGUGUAGAAAAAUUUUAGGGUGUUAUGUUAAGUCAUAAUUCACUUUCUACGUUAAUGUAUCAGGCAAUUGCAAGUAGCUUUUCCUGUAGUUAUCUAUGGUAACUAAAAUUAUAUGAUACAGUGAAAAUAGGAUUGAUUUGUGCAUUGUUUAACAAGUGGCUAUACAAUAGUGCACAUGGUCUACAUAAAUUAUGUUGCAUUAUUACAAGUAAGUCUGGUGCUUUGGACUUUGUCUGUUACUGUGAACAUACAGUCAUUCAGCAGUACUUGACAAUUAAGCACUACGCAACAACAAUUUCUGAGGGGAAACAACAAUGGGAAAGUUAAUUGUGUGAGUAAUAACAUCAUCAGAAGAGGAAAAUUACAUUUAGGAAUUAUCACUUUCUGAAUCUGAAUAACGUAAUUUAUACACAAAUAAAUGUACAUAUAGUAAAUGUCAUCUUUGAUUAUUUAAUACAUCUGCAACUGGUAAAACUUCCAUCAAGAAAAUUUGUACAUUUAAUGGCUGAAUUCAGUGCUGAAACAUAUGAAUGAUUGUAAUAUGCUCUAAGACUAGUUUGUAUAGUUACUUUUUUGUCCAUGGUUUCUACUGCUGUUAGCACAAAGCUCCUUGCUGCAAUAUUAAGUACUUUAUCAUCUAUUUUGCAUAAUUUGUCUGCUGUUGUAACAAAUAAUAUUGCACAUCACAUCUGCGUUUCAUACAAAGCAUUAUGCUAUAAUCCAAUAAAAGCAUGAGAUGGAACAGUUGA